AUGGGGGAAAAGAGGGUUGUUCCUGGACCUUUAAAACAACUUUUAAAUGUAGAUGCUGCAAUUACCACUGUUUUUUGUCGUAUCUUGGAAAAUUACAUGUCUCCAACCAAGUUCAGAACUCAUUUCAAAGGACUUGAGAUUUCAUGCCAUAGUUUGCCUUGGAUUGCUACAUGGGUUGCUUUAUUUUGGAUUUUAUGGAAUCCACAUUUAUUUGAAAUGCAAGUUAAUUUUUUCAUAGGUUUAAUCAUUGACAUAUUAUGUGUGGCUAUAAUAAAAGCUGUUGUCAGAAGGAGACGUCCACCUGGUAACAAACCUGAUAUGUUUUUGACUGUUGGUUCUGAUAUAUAUUCUUUUCCUUCUGGACACGUUUCCCGUGCUGUGUUCAUAAGUUUAUUUUUCUCACAACUAUACCCACUGGGCAAUAUUUUAUCAAUCCUUCUGUACACAUGGGCAAUUUUAGUGGCCAUUUCGAGAGUUCUUUUAAAAAGACAUUAUCUCCUGGAUGUUACCGGUGGAGCUAUUCUUGGAUUUAUCGAAGUAGGCAUUAUUUCAGUAAUUUGGCUAAACAAAAGAAGUUCUGUUUCUAUAAUCAACUGGCUUUCAGAAGAAAAAGUGACACUUGAAGGUCUUCACGAUGCUGUAGAAAUUGACAUUGACUAG